UCAUGGGUUAGAUGUGGAGAAGAGACAAGGAUUAUUCCUAGGAUACUCCAGAUGCGGGAUAACUGGUAUAAAAGUGACCUGGAGAAGACAAGAUUAGACCAAGCCGGUGUAGAUGAGUCUGUGGUUGAUGCUGCUGUCGGAGCAUUCAUCCUAGAGGCGAUAGCUAAACAUGGACAUCCAACUAAGGUAUUAUGUAACAAGGAUCCCUUGACCCUAAAACAUGGAGCAUACAUGACACAGCUGUUUCCUAAAUCAAAAUGGCUGUUUAUGAUCAGAGAUGGUAGGGCAGUUGUUCACUCUGUUGUUACUAGAAAAGUGACAAUAACUGGAUAUCAAUUGGAUAACCCAAGGCAGUGCUUAGAGAAAUGGAACACUGUGAUCACGAAUAUGGAUAAGCAGUGUCAGGAGAUAGGGCCUGAGAGGUGUAUGGUUGUUUACUACGAGCAGCUGGUUCUUCAUCCAGAGAGAUGGAUGACGAUAAUUCUUGAUUUCCUGGAUCUCCCCUGGGACUCUUCUGUCCUACAUCAUCAAGAUUUUAUAAAUAAAAAGGGAGACAGCGGCAUCAGGGUGUCUAUGAAGGAAAGGUCCUCAGAUCAAAUUGUAAAACCGAUCAAUAUUGAAGCCCUCACCCAAUGGGUUGGAUUCUAUUCACAGGAUGUAUUAAACGAUAUGGCUGAAAUAGCUCCAAUGCUCUCAACCUUCGGAUAUGACCCUGAACUAAACCCACCAAACUACGGUCAGCCUGACGGUCAAGUCGUCAACAAUACAAACGAGGUUCAGAAAAACAAGGAUUUCUGGGAGAUCAGAGCUAAGCAGUUGGUAGCACAGAUGGAAAAGAGAGAUUAGGAUGUACAUUCAGAAACAACAACAACAACAACAACAACAACAACAACAACUAAAUUUUUAACUUACACAUCAGCGGUAUUUUUUAGACAUGAUAAGUCUAAAGCCUAAAAAGUGAUAUGCUUAUCUCAUGUUUGAAUUAACACUAAAAGGCUGUAA